CUAACACAAGCUGGAUGUAUAAUCGCAGUGGCCCGUGACACAGUCAAAGUGGUAGGCUGAUAACUAGUGAAGACAGUUCAACCUUAACGGUUCCCGCACCUACCUCCUCCAGAGCUCUGAUGAGUUGCGGUGACCGUAGACUAGGAGAAAUACAAGGGCUUAUUUACAGGGGACGAGAGAGUAUCGUUCACGGAAAGAAUUCUUCGUUUACACGGGACUAGCCUCGAUCUGGCCCCUCACCUGUAUCUAUACCUGUUGCGGGGAGAAACGUACAUAGCCCCUUGGAUGUGAUAUCGACAAGACCAAGGCGAUACAAGUAACUGCUUUGAUCGUCGCUGAAUAUACACGGUCGAUCGUAUACAGUUGUUAAACGGGAAGUGUGAGAUCACUAACUGAUUUUCAUCCUACUCAGGUUUUGUCGUCACUUUUAUUUUUAUUACAUGGAAAUAGCUGUGGCAGGUAUUUGAAUUUAACUCAAGCCGUGCGUCAAGUAAAAAACGAAGCUGAACGUGGAUUCGCGUAACCAACACGUGAAUACCUGAUUGAGAUCAAGCCAGGUGUGCUGUGCCGGCCAGGUGCACGUACGUACGUGGGUUACAGCGGGCACUUCGUACUGUGUCCAAUUCAUAUCAUGUGUUUUAUGUGAUUAGCUUCACAGGUGCAACCGCGUCAUGUGAAAGUUACGUGAAACCAACAACGACAAGUGAGCCAAGUAGAAAUCUACAUGGCAGGACUAUGACAACAGGCGCAUGUCACCCAUGUUCAUUUCAUCGCUUGCAGUUUGUAAAAUCAUCAUCAUUGUAGUCAGUUUAAAGAUUCAUGGCAUAGACGGAGGGAUUCCAGAUGGAUAUCGACAAGCCGUGGGAUGUUUCUCCCACGUGUACAACAACUUUCUGGAGUUGUCAUGCCCACUCGGACAGACGAUUUCCGUGGAACGGGUGAUGUUCGGAGCUCAUCGGGAUGUGGUCUGCCCUACUGAUGGCAGCAUCAGCGCCGCGGAAGCGCACUGCUGCGUCCCGCGCUGUGGAGACUGCGUGGUGGAGAAUGAGCGAGAUUCGGAGAACGUGUUCAACUGUAAUAACAAGCGGGAGUGUUCCAUCUGGACGAGGAGCUCAUACGUUGACGGAUGUUUUCCAUUGACUGUCACCACAUACAUGGUGGUUCUGUACAAGUGCAAUAAUACUAACCAAACUAUACCCGAUACAUCUGUAACCAGUACUACCCCGUCUUUCAACCAAGUCUACUGUAGCCAUAACGAAGGUGACCCUGGCGGCAAAGGGCAGGUAACUCCCUCGAUCGAACCAACAACUUUAACGCCAACGCCACCUAUUGCUGGCCCACGUCAGGCCGUAGGCUGCUAUUCUUCCUUCUACAAGCAGAAAAUAGAGAUAAAGUGCCAAAGAGGAGAAGGCAUCGCUAUAUAUGGUGUUUUCUUUGCGACAAAGUCCAACAGCAGUUGCCCGUCAUCGGGAUUCAUCAGCACGCCAGAACAGACUGGCUGCUGUGUACCGGCUUGUGGCGACUGUGUCAUCUCUCAGUCUAAUGACGCCAGCUAUAUUUAUCAGAACUGCAGCGGUGAGAGAGAGUGCUCUCCCUGGACGCAGCUCACGCAUAUAGAGGGCUGUGGGAAUCAGGAAUACACCUCAUAUAUGGUUGUGCAUUAUGAAUGUCUGAGAGAUUUUAGUCAUUCAUUAACUUCAGAGGCUAACGGGAUGUUGUUUGAAGAGAUAUACGGAUGCCCUCUACCAUCCACGACGCCACCGCCAGCAACAACCCUUCCUCCGCUAUCAUCACCGACAAAAGAGGCACCGACUGCAGUCAAUACAAUCUCACCGACUGUAAAAUCCACGAUUCAGAAAGACAGAAUCCGUGUUACUGGAAAACUGGCGACUCCAACUGUCCGCAAAACAACGACUGUAGCACCGACCACAACACCACCUGUUCCGAUGACAGCUGAAAAACAAGAUGGCACUUAUGUGGCCGUAGGGUGUUACUCUAACUUCUACAAACCCAAGGUGCAGAUCAGCUGUGAGGAAGGCACCCUCAUAUUAAUCAAUUUUGUGUUUUUCGGUACCCGCGAUGUGGCCAUGUGCCCCGAAAGUGGGCUUAUCGAAGGGGGCAGCGAGGCCUGUUGCGAGCCCAAAUGUGGAGACUGUGUGACGUACGGUGGACACGGUGAAGUGAACAACCUACUGAAGGAGUGCAGCUAUCGUCAAAAUUGCUCAGUGUGGACACAGAGGAGCGUAAUGCCAGAAUGUGGGAACAAAUCUUUCACGUCGUAUAUGGCAGUGCAUUAUCAGUGCACGCAAACAGGUAUGGACCCCGCAAAGCCGAUGUCCUUCCAAGAGUUGUAUUGUCCACCUGGAAGUUUUAACGUCUCCGAAGUCACCUCAGGUCGCCCGACUCUCACAACGUCCAUAACCCGACCGUCAACCUUACCAACGGCAACAAGUCCACCCUUAACCAAGCCGACUGUGGAACGCAAAACCACUUUGAGUGGGUUCUCUAAAUCCAGACCGCCCACAAGGAGCCAGCAAACAGCCAAGACUACCCGUAAGCUCCCUGGAUUUGGAUCACCUAGUAGUAUCCCUAAAGCAUAUCCGGACAAUUCACAGGAUGAAGAAACGGAAAGCAAGAAAGUGCUGAUUGGAGCAGUGAUCGGGGGAGUGGCUAGCGUCCUCGUGAUUGGCAUAACAUUUGUGGUCGUGUUACACCUCAGGCGACGGGAAAAAACGGUUGUUACCAGAAGACAGUCACUGGACAGGAAAAGGAAGCGAAAAAGGAAUUAUUCCAAGAACAACAGCCAGUGUACGAAUAGCACUCAUCUGAAUUCAGUAGCUGCGCCGAGCAACUUGACGACGAUUAACGUAAUCUUUAACCCAGGUCGCUUGCCCGGCAAGGGAGAUUAUAACCACUUAGAACGAUGGCUAGGUGAUUUGGAAACAUCGCCAGACAACUUCGACUUGCCGAGAAUAUCCGAAGUCUCGGAGAGUGACACUGAUGCAGAUAUCGAGAGCCGCGUGAGGAAGAUCACCACGUUACAAUAUCAUCCACCUGACAUUCUCCAUGAGAGUGAUUCCUAAUUAAACACAGACCUAUAAUCACAACUGCUGGUAGAAAUUCAGGUUCAUCGUUUGCACGUUUCAUUGAACUGGAUCGUUUUUUUUUCCGUGAAAGUCUUCCAGGAAAGUUGCUUCUUUGAAAGAAAUUACUUCCAGGAAUGUUGCUUCCGUGAAGGAAGGCGCUUCGAAGAACGUCGCUUUCAUAACGACAACACUUCCAGGAACGCUGAUCGUAGGUUGUAUUUACAGCGGUAGGAAAUCCAGAUCAAGACGGAUAACUCCUGUCGUCUUCUUCGUGCUAUUUGAUCUCCCUGAAUUGCUUUCAUCCCUUUGGGGCAUAAUCUUGUGUCCGGGCAGAUAAUUCCAAUUUCUACAGUGAUCUUUCUGAAGAUGUUUUGGACUUUUAUCAAAUGAAUAGAUAAUGCGGAGUGUGAAAGUUACAUAUGUCCCUGAAGCGUGCUCUAUAAUCCUGGUCAACCACUGCAACACUCUGUGGCCUGGGAAUCUCAUUGAAUGGGAAGAAUCUGUAUGUAGGACAUUUUGCUUACGUGGCAAGCAUGGACCCCGUUCGACCGAAAUUCUUCCGGAGCUGUAUUGUCCACCAGGCAGUUUUAAUGUCUCCCAUGCACGCUGUACGCUCGGCGCAUUUCUUUCAGCAACGAUCCAUGUGGACAGCGCGUUAUUUCAUGUUGUGCACAAUUAUAUGGUGGGAAAAAGUUCUGAAUUUAGAGGGGCCUCCGUGGCUCAGUCGGUUAGCGCGCUAGCGCAGCGUAAUGACCCAGGAGCCUCUCACCAAUGCGGUCGUUGUGAGUUCAAGUCCAGCUCAUGCUUUCUUCCUCUCCGGUCGUCAGUGAGAAGGUCAGCCAGCAACCUGCGGAUGGUCGUGGGUUUCCCCCGGGCUCUGCCCAGUUUCCACCCACCAUAAUGCUGGCCGCCGUCGUAUAAGUGAAAUAUUCUUGAGAACCGCGUAAAACAGCAAUCAAAUCAAAUCUGAAUUUAGAUUUAUUGGAUUUCCGUCUGUCACCAUAUAACUUAUCCGUAUGUGAUGUACAUGGCGAGAACGUGACAAAUUCAAAAAGAAGUGAAAAGGCAAAAAGGCUUAUUUAAGAAAUGGUUUGUCUGUUUAAUAAAAAAUACUGUUGAUAGUAUGGUACAUUUAUAUGUUUUUCAUUGUCUGCUUUAAAAGUGGUACACUUAUCUGUUCUUCUCUUGCACGAAUGAGUAAUACGUUACCAGUUUGGUCACUAAAACGUCUUCACACAGGCAAGACUGAACACCCUAGUUGAACCCCAAUUAGUUUCGGCGGGAAAAAUUCCCGGCUGGUGAUUUAUAAUACCUUUCAGUGCAACUUAUUUAAAUGGUUAGAUUGCAAAUUGUUUGGAAGGGACCCGUUUAAAAUGUGCUCACAAUUUGCUGUUUCACUUGGUGCCUGUCAUAUAGUGUCAUAUAUUUAUUUUUUUUACUUGCACAACUGGGACCCAUUCCACUCACCAAUACUGACUCAAGUCAAAACGGCCAUGAUGCUUAGUUUCUGGUAAUUUAAGCUGAAAUUUUGACACAUUUUCCUAAAGAGAACAUUGAAUUGAUAAAUAAGAUUUUAACUCUUAAUAUCCCCAAAUUAGCCCUAAAAUCAUAUUUCAGAUUAGUCGGAAAGAGCUUUGUGGAAUCGGUCCUCGUUACUUUUGCACCAUGUCAAUGAGCAAUUACAAUUGGUGGGUUUUAGCUUUUCCUGAUAAUGGUAUAAUAUAACCAAUGCAAAUACUUCAUCCGACUCACAUCACGUUUCAUGCAAGGUUGAUCAUCUUGCCAUCGGCCAUCAUGAUGCUUCCUGUCACCAUCAUGAUUCACAUAUAAAACACAACGUACAGAUUAUUAUGUUAAUUAAGUUAAAAUCGAUUCAACUCCUUAAUGUUUGGAAAUGUACAGUAGUCGUUUCUUAUUACUAUUUAAUCAGCCGACUGUAAUGCUCAAUUAAUAAAACUGACGUGUUAUAAAUCUAUGAUGCACAUAAUUUGACUGUACAGAGAUUGCACGUUUUUUUGUAAAUAAGUACUCUAUGACUUUUCUAUGAAUAUUUAUCUCUAUAUUUGUUUAAAAAAAAAUUCUCGGAAAUUAUUCCAAGGGGAAUUUUGUAUGGAUCAUGAUGGCUAAUUUUGAGAAAACUUCAUAAAAUCUGCUUCACAGAUCCUGUUUACUUCGUUAAUGCCUUCGCACAAUUCAAGUCAAAGGAAGCAACUGCGAGAGAUCACUGUGGGCCAUUUUUUUCUUCAAAAUCACCAACUGCACUGUUUGUAAAUAUGUUUUUCAAAUGAAAUAAACUGUUUACAAA